AUGUCUGGUCGCGGUAAAGGAGGGAAAGGGCUCGGGAAUGGCGGCGCCAAGCGGCACAGGAAGGUGCUCCGUGAUAACAUCCAGGGCAUCACCAAGCCUGCCAUCCGCCGUCUAGCUCGCAGGGGAGGCGUCAAGCGCAUCUCCGGCCUCAUCUAUGAGGAGACCCGCGGGGUGCUGAAAGUCUUCCUGGAGAACGUCAUCCGGGACGCCGUCACCUACACCGAGCACGCCAAGAGGAAGACCGUCACCGCCAUGGACGUGGUCUACGCGCUCAAGCGCCAGGGCCGCACUCUCUACGGCUUCGGGAGUUAA